CACAUAAUUCCUCUAUAAAGUUGUCCUCAAACCCACAGUUAUCCUCAAACUAGAACCAUGCAACUCCUUCAAAAUCACUCUUCACCAAAAGCGGCCAUAGCUGCCCUCUUUGCCUUAGUCACUUCCUCUCUUUCUUGAUAACAAGAAUCCUUCAAAAGAAACGGACCACCGGAGAUCAACCACCACCAUCAGCCACCGGCGCAUGGCCCAUAACUGGCCACCUCCAUCUUCUCGGAGGUCCGGAUCCAGCCUACAUAACCUUGGGCCAGAUGGCUGACAAGUAUGGCCCGAUCUUCUCCAUCAAGCUCGGCUCGCAACGGGCCAUAGUGGUGAGCGGCUCGGAGUUGGCCAAAGAGUGCUUCACCACCAACGACAAGGCGUUCUGCAACCGCCCCAAAUACCUCGCCGCCAAGCUCCUUGGCUACAACUACGCCAUGUUCGGGUUCAGCCCGUACGGCCCGUACUGGCGGCAUGUGCGUAAGAUCGCCACCCUAGAGCUCCUCUCGAAUCACACCCUCGAGAACCUGCGGCACGUGCGGGAAGCUGUGGUAAGAGCCUCCACAAAGGAGGCCUACGAACGGUCGAACGCGCAAGAAAACACGCCGAUCGAGAUGAAGAGUUGGUUCAACGCCCUAACCUUCAAUCUUAUCUUCAAGAUGGUGGUGGGGAAGCAAUACGAUGGAACGACGGCAUCAGAAGAAGACGAGGGCCAGAACGACAGGUGUCGGAUCGCGCUGAAGAGCUUCUUUGAGUUGGGUGGCCAAUUUGUCGCGUCCGAUGUGUUGCCAUUUUUUAGGUGGCUCGACAUCGGAGGUUAUGUUAAGGCGAUGAAGAGGACGGCCAAGGAAUUGGACGAUGUGGUCGGAGGGUGGUUGGAUGAGCACAAGCGCAAGAGGGCUUGUGGGGAGGCCGAAGGUGACCGAGAUUUCAUGGACGUGAUGCUUUCCAUUCUCGGUACUGCGGACGUGCUGCCCAGUUAUGAUGCUGAUACCAUCAAUAAAGCCACUUGCUUGGCACUUAUAUCGGGAGGCACAGACACCACGGCGGUCACAUUAACAUGGGCUCUCUCCCUUCUACUCAACAAUCGCCAUGUCCUAAAGCAGGCUCAACAAGAACUAGACUCUCAAAUUGGACGAGAGAGACGAGUGACCGAGUCUGACAUCAAGAACCAAGUCUACAUCCAGGCGAUCAUCAAAGAGACACUGCGCCUCUAUCCUGCUGCGCCUCUCUCCGUGCCCCAUGAGUCCGUCAAGGACUGCACGAUCGGCAGCUAUCGUGUCCCUGCGGGCACUCGGCUCCUGCUCAACAUCUCGAAGCUCCACUGGAACCCGCUGGUCUGGCCCGCUCCUCUCGAGUUUCGGCCCGAGAGAUUCCUGACCACGCACAAGGAUUUAGGCGUUUGGGGUCAGAAUUUCGAGUAUUUGCCUUUCGGAAGUGGCAGAAGGAUGUGCCCUGGAGUGUCCUUUGCUCUUCAAGUGUUGCACAUUGUGCUCGCGACUUUGCUGCACAGUUUUGAGAUUGAGACCGCAUCAGUUGGACCGGCAGAUAUGAGGGCGGGAAUGGGAAUCACUAGCCCUAAAGUUACCCCACUAGAAGUGGUUCUCACUCCACGCCUUCCUCCUCAUCUCUAUGUCUAAACUUGGGAGGGUGAGAUAACCUUUAUAAGAAACACUAUCAGGAAAAAGUUUUCUAUCCAUCAUUAGCUUUCCAAACACUAUCAGAAACACUAUUCGUGUUCUCUUGCGAAAACAUGUAAUUUUCGUAUGAUGAAUGUUUAUGUGUACAAGAGU